AUGCGUUUCACUGCUGCUUCCGUUGCCCUCUUCGCCGGCAUUGCUGUCGCCCUCCCCAACGGUGACCUCGAGACCGUCUACUCCACCGAGGAUGUGACCAUCACCUCGUGUGCUCCCACCGUCACCGACUGCCCCAGCCGUCAGACUUCCACCCCCCAGGCUGUUGAGGCUAUCACCUCUUCCGUCCCCGCGGUGGCCAGCUCUGUUCCUGCUUCCAGCAGCAGCCCCGUCGCUCCUGUCGAGGUUCCUUCCAGCAGCCCCGUCGCUCCCGCUGAGACCCCCAGCGGCCCCGCCCCGGCUCCUUCCAGCCCUGCUGCCGGUCCCUCCAGCCCCGUUGUGCCUGUCCAGGUCCCCACCAGCAGCGCCUCGGUUAUCCCUGUGACCACCUGCAUUCCCACUGUCACCUACUCGACUGUCCAGGUGCCCGUCACCCCCUCCGGCCCCGCCGGUCAGCGUCCCUCUGGCGCUGCUGCCAAGGGUACCAGCUCGGUUCCCGUGAUCCCCGCUCCCUCUGGCCAGGGCGCCGCCGGUGGCAACCCUAGCGGCUCUGCUUCCGCCUCCACCUCUGCUCCCUCUUCCCUCUUCACCGGUGCUGCCAGCUCCGUCAGCAACUCUUUCGGUUUCGCUGGUGCCGCCGCCGCCAUGGCCUUCUUCUUGGCUUAA